AUGGGAGGAAAUCACACACAUGGCAAAUUCAUCCUGUUGGGAAUUACUGACAGCCCAUGUGCACAGACCCCUCUUUUUGUCUUGUUUCUCUUGAUUUAUGUUGUCACUCUGGUGGGGAACGCUGGCAUUAUCAUCUUGGUGCGGGUGUCUCCCAGCCUCCACACCCCCAUGUACUUCUUCCUCACCCAUUUUGCCUUCGUUGACAUCUGCUAUUCCACAGUCGUCUCCCCCAGGAUGCUGGCAGACCUGUUGUCAGAGGACAAAACCAUUUCUUUCUCUGCCUGCAUGAUGCAGUUCCUCACCUUUGCUUUCUUUGCUACUAUUGAGUGUCACCUCCUGGCCAUGAUGGCCUACGACCGGCACAUUGCCAUCUGCCAGCCCCUGCUUUACGUGACCAUCAUCUCCAGCCGUGACUGCUGGCAGCUGGACCUCUUUGCCUUCCUCAGUGCCAUCAUCUACACAUGGUGCACGUUUGGAGGUUCCUUCUGUGGUCUCAAACACAUCGACCACUUCUUCUGCGAUGAAGUUACUGUGCUAAAGGUCGCAUGCUCCAACAGCCACAGCAGUGAGAUGGUCAUCUUUGCUUUCAUCACCAUCAAUAAGUUGAGCACCAGUGUAGUCAUUUUGCUCUCCUACAUCUCUAUCCUCCGCACAGUGCUGAGCAUGUGCUCAGCACAGAACAGGGCCAGAGCCUUCCAGACCUGUGCCUCCCAUUUGAUGGUUUUUGUCUUGUUCUAUGGAACAACAGAUCGGAAGCCAGCCACAGGAGCCUCGAUAAGGUGGCCUCCAUCUUCUACACCAUGA